AUGGAUGUCGAAGGAGAAGAUGCAUCUAAGGUAGUCCACGUGAAGUUCGUGACGAAGCUCGACUCUCCGUUCAAAGUUCCGGUCACCUCCGUCGUCAUCCCUUCCAAUCUCACCCGUCUCGGUCUCUCUUCGAUUGUCAAUUCUCUUCUCACUCUCGAAAAUCCUGAGCCAUUUGACUUCCUGAUCGAUGGGGAGCUUAUUCGAAUGUCACUGGAAGAGUUUCUUCAAGCCAAGGGAAUAUCGGCGGAACGAACUCUUGAAAUCGAAUACAUAAGGGCUGUGGCACCACGGAGGGAGGAAAAACCCUCAUUGCAUGAUGACUGGGUCAGUGCGGUUGAUGGUUCUUCUCACAGGCUCAUUUUGACCGGCUGCUAUGAUGGUUUAGGAAGGGUGUGGAGUUCUGCUGGAUAUUGUACACACAUUUUAGAGGGCCACAGUGGGGCAAUUUCCUCUGUUGCUCUAGUUAACACAGAAGAUGCAGGAAGUGUUACUGUAGCCACUGCCUCUAAAGAUCGGUCACUGAGAUUGUUUAAGGUUGAUACAGAUGAACCUGUUGACUCUACUACGAAAGUUGGAGCUUACAAGAUAUUGCGUGGGCACAAGGCGGCAGUGCAAAGUGUUGCAGCUCAGAAAUACGGGAGCAUGGUUUGCUCGAGUUCAUGGGAUUGCACUAUCAAUUUAUGGAACACAGAUCAGUCUACUUCAGAAGGGGACUCCGUAUCAACGAAGAAAAGAAAAGGGAAUAACCAGGCUGCGGAAUCUCAGACUGAGGCAGAGGCUGAGUCUACAUUUGUUGGACACACUCAGUGUGUCUCAUCAGUCGUUUGGCCGGAGCAUGAUGUAAUUUAUUCCGCUUCAUGGGACCAUUCCGUAAGGAGAUGGGAUGUUGAUACAGGGAAAGAAACUUUGAACUUGUACUCUGGAAAAGCUCUCAACACGCUAGAUGUUGGCGGUGAAGGUUCUGCACUUGUAGCUGCUGGUGGCUCAGAUCCAGUCCUUAGAGUGUGGGAUCCUCGUAAGCCAGGAACAUCUGCCCCCGUGUUUCAGUUCUCUUCACAUGCAUCAUGGAUAUCCGCCUGUAAAUGGCACAAGAGCUCUUGGUAUCACUUGCUCUCCGCUUCCUAUGACGGCAAAAUCAUGCUCUGGGAUCUCAGAACCGCUUGGCCUUUGUCAAUUAUCGACACACACAAGGAUAAGGUUUUAUCUGCUGACUGGUGGAAAGGAGACAGCGUAGUCAGUGGAGGAGCAGACUCUAACCUUCGCAUUUCUUCUGGAAUCUCAAUUUCUUAG